CUAUAACGUAACUCUGUUUGUUUCACGAGUCGUGUUAGGAUCGUGGGUGACUGAUGUUCUCGUAGCAGUCACACUUCCAAAUGUAUACAAAAAGUGUUGAAAUGUUCACGAUAUAAAAAGUUUACAGUGAUCUAUCCAUACCUUCAAAUAUACAUUCAAUAUAUCGUAGACCGUGACUCGUCUAUUACAUAUGUGUUCUAACAAUUAUCAUUCUAUAAAAGAUCCAUGACCGCUAGAUUCGCAGCUAUGUUCAAUUCCUACACGCGAUAAGCUCGCGUGGCACAAAUUAAAGAGUGAAACUGAUUCUUCCUUAUUCGCAACAAUGUUUUGGAAAUUUUUCAUUACAAGGUUGAUAAUUAAACUAGCUAAUACCUGCGGGUAAAUAAUACAUGACAAAAUUUGAAGAACUGCACCAGGGAAGAAACUGUUACUAUUUCAAAUUCAUAAUUUAAAGUGUUUAUUGGAACACUUCGUUUACGUACACACGAACCCGCUAUCGCUUUGAUAUCAGCGAUAGCAGGUACGAGAAAUACUGCCGAGUGUCGACUCGUAAUGAUGAGGAUAGAAUGACGAGUGCGACAUCGAGAUGGCUCGGCACGGUAGUGAGAGAUCCUUAAACUGCCUGCAAUCGAUGCACCCAGGCUGCUCAACCCAUGUAAACAACGCCGGCGGUGGUUCGCCGACGGAGCUGGCAGCGUCGGCAUCGGUGACAUACAAUGACGACAGUGCUGCGGGCAAGGUCAAUGCCGGCGGCAGCCUGGUCAGCACGACAGGAAGUGAAACGGGUACCGUUCCGUCACCCUCGGUACCCUCGAUAUCCUCUUCGCCGGAUUCCCGUAUACCACGACCCUCGCCUACAGGUUUGCGUCGCUCGGUCAGCAUGCGCAUGCGGGGUGAACGGGUUUCGCCACAUCAACCACCACCACCACCCAGUACCGCGGUCACCGCGGCUCUAACCAGGCAGCAUCAGCACCAUCGCCGCUUCAACUUCCUGCAACACCAGCAACAUCAUCCGGACCAUCACACCUUCCCUGUCAUCACGGAGAAUGGAACGGAGUCACCGCGACAACGAUCCCUCAGUCUUUCAUUGACACCGGCUAGGCCGCGUCCUGGACACGCGGCCUCUGGAGGAUCAAGCACAGGAAUUGCCGAUGACAGCGAUGUGGAAAGCGUAAAAAGUUACGGAAGUGCCUGCAGCACCGCGAGCGCCUGUGAUCAUGCUACAUUUGCUUUUAACGGUACCACAUGGUCUGGUAGAUCACGAAAAUACGUAGUUCAUUGUUCGAAUCAUAACGGUGACAAUGAACAGUAUCUCACGCCGACUCAGAGGGCAGCUAGACAAGUUAGAAAGUUCCAGGCUUUGCUAAAGGACGCGAGGAGAGAGAUCGAGGAGAAGGAUCAGGAGAUCUUCCGGCUAACGAAGGAGGUGGUGGAGCUGAGGUUGUACAAAGCGUCUUUGAACAGCCCGGAUGAGAGGACGGAUAGCAGCGAUGCCCUCACCGUACGGGAAAACAAUCCUUUCUCACCGGAAUCUCCGAGUAAGGAUUUACCGGAUGAAGGUGCGCUGCCGAAGGUCCCGUGCCCGGAGACACCUGAGAAACGCGGUCAGGACCUGCCUUCUUCUCUGGCGGACUCUGGGCAUUUCGAGGACGGGUCGAUUCACUCGAAAGACUCGGUGUAUCUGCCGGAGGUGCAACCGGAAGCGAUCAAUAUCGCUGCGGCGCCUAAUAAAGUUGGCGAAGACAACACCUCCGAGACAUCUGUUAGAUCGGCUACGCCAGACAAAGACGAAGAACGACGGAAACUGGUUAAUCUUUACGAGACCAGGAUCGAGGAGAUGCAUCGUAGACACAUUGACGAACUUCAGGAACUGAAACAAAAGCAUAAUGACAAGGUGGAAAGCUUACUGAAUCAAUUGGCUGAGGUAAAUACACGUUACUGUGAAGUCAGACCAAGUGUUGAUGCUGCAGAAACUCGAGCUCGUGAAUUAGAAAUAGAAUUAGAGGCUGUGAAGAAUGAACUCGCCGAGCAAAAGUCUGUGCUAAAUGAACAAGAAGAGAAAAAUAAACAAAUGUACUUGAAAAUGUAUGCCAAAGGUCAAGAAGCUGCACGUAUAGAACAAGCGGAUCAGAUACUUGAGCAUGCUCACCAAAAGCCACCAAAGGUUUCAGUUGCAGAACUACUUCAACAAUUAACAGUCACUCGAGCGGAAUUAGAAAAUGUCAAGGACACAAGCUACUCGCCUGAACCUCACAUUUCAGCCGAUCGUAGCCAAAUUUUAUUAAGUGCUCAGGAGGCUGUUUCUCUCUGGGUCCUUGGCACACGUAAGGUAAUGUAUCGGCGCAUUAUAGAAGCCAAAAGUCAACAAGGCACACUAGAUCCAGAGAUCACACUGCAGUUCCUAAAAUCAGCUAUCUAUUAUUUCCUAACUGACAAAGAGAAUCAUCAGGGUCAUUUAAAUGCUAUCGAAAGCAUUUUAGGAUUCACAGAGGCUGAAAGGCACAAUAUUGACAAAUUAUAUCGAUCCACAAGAAAGUAACAAAUUGUACAGUUUUUUACAUAGUUAAUUUCAUUUCAGGUA